UUGUCCCUCGAAUCCGGAUAGCAGAAAGAAAGCGCGUAAAUUUUCCCUCCUUGAAGCGAAAGAAUUCCCCGUUAGUGGCAGUUUCCGUGAUUUUCACUGGAGGCGAAGGGCAUUAAUGACAUCUAUAAAAUGAUUGAAAUGCACUUGUAAUCAGUUUGUCAGUAUGUUGCAUUUCCAAAAGUUGAGUAGGAACACAAGAGUCGAGAGGAAGAGAAGUUUAUUAUAAGUUCAAAAGAUCGACAGGAAAAGGAGUUCCGAAUAUUCGCUGAUAUGAUAUAACUGGUGGUUAGGUUUUAACUGAUCCAAAUUCAUAACUGAAUUUGGUUCUCCGCUAUACGUUUUUUUCUUCAACUCAAAACCCUAAUUCUACCUAUCAUUAAAGUAUAACUUAACUUGGGGUUUCUUCAAUAUCUAAAAGCAUCAAUGGGUGCUCAAGAGAAGGCUUCUAGCACCAGCAAUUCGAUGCAGCGUGUAAAGGUCUAUCGUCUGAAUGAUGAUGGGAAGUGGGAUGACCAGGGAACAGGGCAUGUAACUGUAGAUUAUCUAGAGAGGUUGGAAGAACCAGGUUUGCUUGUAACUGAUGAAGAUGAGCAUGAAACAUUGCUCCUGCACCGUAUCAGUGCAGAGGAUAUCUACCGUAAGCAAGAAGAUACAAUUAUUUCUUGGAGGGAUCCAGAGUAUUCAACUGAACUAGCUCUUAGUUUUCAGGAGACCACUGGUUGCUCUUAUAUAUGGGACAGCAUCUGUAGUGUGCAGAGAAACAUGCAAUUCAGUAGCCUUAAUUAUGAGACAUAUCAUAGUGCCAACAGUGAUUUGAGGGAACUGCCUCCAGUAGAACUAUCUACGCUUCCCUUGAUACUAAAGACAGUUGUAGAGAGUGGCGUUGCUGAACAGUUGCAUGUGACAGAACUAAUAUUGCAUGAUCAAGAUUUUUUCGGAAAGCUGAUGGAUUUAUUCAGGAUCUGUGAAGACCUGGAGAAUGUUGAAAGUCUUCACAUCAUUUUCAAAAUAGUUAGAGGAAUUAUUUUGCUCAAUAGUUCCCAGAUCCUUGAAAAAAUAUUUGGUGAUGAGUUGAUUUUGGAUAUUGUUGGAUGCCUUGAAUGUAAGUUUAUCAUCUAUUACUUUCUGUUUCCAGUUGAAAUGAUCUCUUUAAUCUUGAGAGAGUUCUCCUUCUCUUUAAGGACUGUUGUAGCUUGAAUGUAAGGCAUUUUAGACUUUAUCAAAAAAAUGUGGGCAGUUUAGAUUUCCCCGUGGAGUCUCUGUGUUUUGGUUUAGCUUUGGAUUAAAUCUUCUUGAGAUUGGGUUCUUACUCUUAUGAUGAAACUCAUGCCGUCUUGAUUAUAACACCACCACCACAUACCCAUUGUAAUCCCACAAGUGGGGUGUGGGGUGGGUGCACACCUUUCCCUUACCCUUGUGGGGUAGAGAGGCUGUUUCUAAUAGACUUCCGGCUCGAAAGAUAGGCUUUUGAAGCAGGUUUGCAGGAGAAAUAUGGCAGCAACAGAGCAAGAGACAAAUCAAGAAAGCAACAAAUAGUAAUAUACAUUGAAGAAUUGAAGAAUAAGAGAAUACAUUGGUGGGUCUCUUUUGAAGUUGAAGGAAGACCAGAUUAUAUUUUAGCUACUAAGCUAAAGCUCUGAAAAGUAAGCUCAAAGACUGGAGUGCAAGCACUUACGGGAAUUUGGAGAAUAGUAAAAAUUUGAUACUUAGCCAGAUUGCAGAUUUGGACUUUAUUCAACAACAUAGAAGUCUAAAUGAAGAAGAGGCAAUCAAGUAAGCUAAUCUUUGUAUGGAAUUUGAAGAAUUUGCAAAGAGGGAAGAGGAGGUAGCUUGGAGACAAAGAUCUAGAACUUUGUGGAUCAAACAAAGGGAUAAGAAUAGUAAGUUUUUCAGAGAAUUGCAAAUGCUCAUAGCAGGAAUAAUCAUAUUGACAAACUUGGUAGUUGAUGGGGAAGAAAUUGAGGAGGUGACUGAUAUCAAAAAGGAAAUUAUUUCCUUUUAUCAGAAUCUUUAUUCUGAAACUGAGGAAUGGAGACCACUAGCCUAUAACAUGAACUUUGAACAUGCUAUUAUUCCAAAGGAAAAUCAGGAGAUGCAGAAACCUUUUGAAGAGAGGGAGGUGCUGGAUGGAUUAAAAUUGUAUGCAGUGGAUAAAGCUCCGGGUGUUGAUGGUUAUACUAUGGGUUUUUUUUGUCAAAUUUUGGGAAAUUAUCAAGUUCGAUAUCAUGGCUACAGUCAAUUAUUUCCAUUCCCGUGAUUUUUUGAAAAGAGCUUUAAUGCCACUUAUGUGGCUUUGAUUCCUAAGAAGGAUGGAGCUAAGGAUUUGAAGGACUUUAGACCCAUCAGCUUUAUAGUGAGUGCAUACAAAUUGAUAUCUAAGAGCCUAACUGAAAGAUUGAAGAAGGUGAUGUACAAGCUGGUAGAUACACAACAAAUGGCUUUCUUGAGGGGGAGACAAAUUACAGAUGCUGUUUUCAUUGCUAAUGUGUGUCUCGAUUCCAGAUUAAAGGAAAGUGCUCCGGGCAUCAUGUGCAAAUUAGAUAUUGAGAAAGCAUAUGAUCAUUUAAAUUGGAACAUUUUACUUGGAAUUUUGCAGAAAAUGGGGUUUGGAGGCAAAUAGAUUAGAUGGAUAGAAUUUUGUAUAAGCAUAGUUAAGUAUUGAAUUCUGAUUAAUGGAUCACCUGAAGGCUUCUUUCCUUCUCAAAGAGGAUUGAGACAAGGUGACCCUCUGACUCCUUUCCUCUUCAUUCUGGCUAUGGAGGGGCUGAAUAAGAUGGUGAAGCACAGAGUAAUGGCUGGUUAAAAGGUUUCAAUGGCCAAGGAGCAACCAGAAAGAGUGGAGAUUACACAUUUGCAGUAUGCAGAUGAUACUUUAAUUUUUUGUGAGGCAGUAGAGGAGCAUAUGAAGGUUUUGAGAGUUAUAUUACUCCUAUUUGAAGCAAUUUCUGGCCUCCACGUCAAUUGGAGGAAAAUCAGAUUUUUCCGGUAAAUGAGGUGUCAGGGAUACAACAAUUGGCAGAUAUUUUGGGUGGGGAGAUAGGGUGCUUUCCAUCUGUGUAUCCCUGGGAGCCAAAAGCAAAUCUAAAGUCAUCCGAAAUUGAGUUUUGGAAAGAUGUGAAAAAAAGACUGGCUAGGUGGAAAUCUCUGUACAUAUCUCUCGGAGGAAGGCUGGUUAUGAUUAAUUUGGUAUUAGAUGUGCUACCUACUCAUUUGACGUCUUGUUUCCCUCUUCCCAGUUAUGUGAAGGAAAGAUUGGAUAAUCUUGGGAGGAACUUUUUAUGGCAUGGAAACGGUGAGAGGAAAAGAAUCCAUCAGGUUCAAUGGGAAACUUAAACCUUUCCAAUAAACUAGGUGGUCGAGGAAUCAGAAAUCUGAAGAAUCAAAACAAAAGUCUCCUGAUGAAAUAUGGCUCUGGAGAUUACCGAAGGAGGAGCAAAUUUUAUGGGCUACUGUGGUGAUGCCUAAAUAUGGAAAGGAGGGAUUUUGGUAGACCAAAGGGGUAACCAGCCUCUAUGGAACUAGUUUGUGGAAAUCAAUUCGGAAUUUGUGGCCCGAAUUUGCACAAAAGAUCAGCUUACUAAUACCUGGGCAUUUUUAUCUUGAACCAACAGCAAAGUGCCACCUUGAAUGAAGUUUGGUCCACACAGGGAUGGAAUUUGACUUUUAGGAGACUGAUGCAAGACUGGGAAAUACACACAUUUGCAAAUUUCUAUGGCAUAUUAGAUCAAUACAAUGGAGUACAGGCAGGGGAAGAUACACUCAGGUAGAGUAUUCAUAGUAAAGGCAGUUUUACAUUAAGCCCUGCUUACAAGGAUCUGAAUCAAUUGUCAUCACAGCUGAAUCUAUUGCUAUGGAAGUUUAUAUGGAGAGUAAAAAUUCCAUAUGAAGUAGCCAUUUUUAUUUGGUUGGUGGUGAAUGACUCAGUUUUAACUCAGGAGAAUUUAAGGUGAAGGGGACUUCAUUUGUGCUCAAGAUGUUAUUUUGUGGGGAAAAUCCAGAGACAGCCGACCAUCUGCUUUUACAUUGCAAGAUGACCAGCCAGUUAUGGCACUUGUUCACAAGCUUUAGAGGUAUAAGGUAGUCAAUGCCAGGUAGAACAUCUGAUGCACUAACGAGCUGGAAUUCAGAGGGGAAUAGCAGCACAAAGAAAGAUAGAUGGAGAAUUGUCCUUGUAGCAAUUUGGUGGACAAUUUUGAAGGAAAGGAAUUCUAGAUGUUUUGAAGAUACUAGUAGCUCCUUACAAAGGAUUAAGAUGAAUUGUAUUCUUAUGUUCUGUUAUUGGUGCAAAUCAGAGUGUAUAGAUGAUCCAAUAUCUAUUGUAGACAUCCUAGGGUUCUUGUGAGAUAAUAUAGGGUCUAGGUGGUUUUUGUUUCUAGCAUAUUGUUUUGGGUUUGGAUCCACUGAUGUAAACAUUCCAUUUUGGCUCCCAACACUUUGUGUUGAUGAUUUAUAAACUGUUAGUUACCUUGUCAAAAAAAAGAAGAAGUAGAAUACACAACUACUAAAUAAUAAGACUUAUGCUAAGAAGCUGAAAGGAGGAGGCGAGCCCCCUUCCUCCCCCACAUAAGGUGCGAAAAUACUGGGCUACCUUCUACCGUUGUAACUUGAUAUCCUCAGUAAGCUGAAGUUGUGCCAUAUCCUAUCUAAUCAUCUCCCUCUAGUUUUUUUUCGGCCUACUUCUUCCGCUCCCAACUUCCUUUUUUUUUUUUAACUGGUACCGUUACUCUAUAUAUCCACAGGUAUACUACAGUUAAAAAGUAUAGUUCCCCCUCAAAAGUAUUACAAUCUAGCAAAGCUCAAAUCUGUAACUGUUGCCAAUAAACAAUCUAGAACACCAAAGAUGUCUUCUAUUUGAGCUAAUAAACUAUGUUUACACCAAAAAUAGAACAUAGCCAAGCUCUUCAUUUUGACAUCCUGUAAACUGUUCUGCACAUUCUCAAAGCUCCUGUUGUUUCUUUCUUUCCAUGCUGACCACCAAAUGCACGCUGGGACAAUCUUCCAUCUCUCCUCCUUUAUGCCAUUGCCAUCUCUAUACCAGCUACUGAGUACUCCUUUGAUACUUCUUGGUUUUACCCACUUGAUCCCGUUCAGGCUAAUAAACAUUCUCCAUAGUUGAUCAGUCCAUUUGCAGUGUAAGAAGUGGUGGUUGUCUGUCUCAGCAUGUUCUCCACAUAGAUAGCACCUAGAAGCCAACUGGUAGCCUCUCUUGUUCAGGUUCUCAUGUGUUAGGACAACCACUUUUGCCAAAAGCCAAGUGAAGCAGUUCACUUUAUAAGGCUCUUUAGGUUUCCAUAUCAUCUUCCAAGCCCAGUCAUCACCUGCCCCCUGUCCCCCGUCAUACUAAGUGCCUUGUAUGCAAACUUGACCGAGAAGAUUCCUUUGCCAUCACCUUGCCAUAUUUGUUUAUUUUCCUCGUCAAGAUUUGUGUGAGCCGUUAAAGAGUUGAGCAAUUCUGUCACAUUUCCAAUCUCGCAGUCAUAUAGUUGUCUUCUUAAGCCGAGAUUCCACCCGUGACCAGUCCACAUAGUAGCUACAGUAGCCUGUUGCAAUUGGUAAAGCGUGAAUAGAGCAGGGUGAGCUUGUUUCAUGACCACUUUUCCGUUCCAUUUGUCUUCCCAGAAGGAUGUCUUCAUGCCAUUACCCACCUUCACUCUGGUUCUUGCUUGCAGCAUUGGCCACAGGUUUCUAAUUGCCCUCCAUACAAUGCAACUAUAUGGAAUGGUUACUUGUUUUGUCAUCCACUUAUCUUCCAUGCUGUCUCAUACUUGGCAGUAAUCACAUCCUUCCAAAGCCUGCCAUCUUCAUUUGCAAACUUUCAUAGCCAUUUCAGCAUUAGGCUCUGAUUUUGUUUCUUCAAAUUCCUAUACCUAGUCCGCUGUUUCUUACUCCUUAUUAAUUCCUCCCACUUCACUAAGUGGAAUUUCUUCUUAUCUUCACUGCCUUGCCAUAAGAAGUUCCUCCUCAGAGCAUCAAUGUCUUUAGACACAUUAGCUGCAUGGGAAAGACAGACAUCAUAUAGGCAGUACAUUAUUCACAAGGGUCAAUCUGCCGCCCAAUGAUAAGUAUUGGCAUUUCCAGUUGCUGAGUCUCUUCUCACACUUCUCCAAUACCCCAUUCGUAGAUCCCUUUUGAUUUACUUUUGGCUCUGAAUGGCAUGCUUAGAUAAGUAGUUGGAAGCUCACCAACUCCACCUCCUAAAAUGUUAGCAAGGACUUCAAUAUCAGUCACUUUGAUAGGGUAGAUGAAACUCUUCCCCCAAUUGAUACGUAGUCCUUCAAAAAUGACAAAGAUCAUCCUUAGAAUUUUGAUUUGUUCUUUUUUUUUUUUUUUGAAACUGGUAACUUUACUUUAUAUAUCCACAGGUAUACUUAGGGAUGGGCAUAAAAUACCGAAAACCGAAUUACCAAAUCGAACCAAAAAAUUUUGUAAUUGGUCUUCGGUAAUUCGGCAUUUGGUAAUUCGGUAUUUGGUAUGGUAUUUGGGAGUAAAACUUUAUUAUUUUGGUAUUCGGGAUUGGAUUUGGUAAAAGAUAUUAAUACCGUUUGGUAUUCAGUAUUUACCGAAUAUUGAAUUUAUUUAUAUAUAUAUAUACAUAUAUAUAUGUGUGUGUAUGUAUGUAUGUGUGUGUGUGUGUGUGUGCCGAACCGAUGUUUAUAAGUAUGAUAUGUUGUAUCUACUUUCAAAUGCCGAUUACCGAACCCGAAAUUUGAAAAUACCGAAUGCCCACCCCUAGGUAUACUACAACCAAAACGGGUGCCUAUAAAUAAUCUAGCACAUCAAAAAUAUCUGCUAUCUGUGCUAAUACAUCAAGUUUACACAAAAAAAUGCCUAGACAGUUCAUUUUGAUCUUCUGCAAGCUUUUCUGCACAUUUUCCAAACAUCUGUUGUUUCUUUCUCUCCAAAUUGUCUACCAUAUACAUGCCGGGACAAUCUUCUAUCUCUCCUCAUCCUUUUUCGCAUUACCUUCUGUGUUUCAACUACUUAGAACUCCCUUAAUGCUCCUUGGCUUCACCUACUUGAUCCCUUUCAGGCAAAUGAACAUUCUCCAAAGCUAAUUUGUCCACGGGCAAUGCAAAAAGAGAUGGUUUACUGUCUCAGCUUGCUCUCCACAUAAUGAACGCCCUAGAUGCCAAUUGAUAGCCUCUUUUUUAAGAUUUUCGUGAGUCAAAACUGCGUCUUUAGUUGGUAACCAUAAAAAACAGUUUACUUUGUAAGGCACCUUAGGUUUCCAAAUCUUCUUCCAUGGCCAGCCGAUCUCCUGUUCUGUAUACAUAUUAAGCUCCUUGUAGACUGAUCUGCCGGAGAACCGCCCUUGACUGUUUCUCUCCCAUAUCAACAAAUAUUUCUCAUCAGUGCUGUUAAGUAUCCAACAUCGAAAAAGGAAUAGGUAAUUGACCUCUUAUAUGGACUUGGGCAAUCCUCCCAUCGUGAGCUAGCUUUUGAGGUUGAGUUAGGCCCAAGAUCCAUUCUUUACAUGGUAACAGAGCCUCUACGAUCUUGGUAGAGAUUCAAAGAGCUUCCGCUGCCGGCGGGUGGCUAUAACCCAUGCUGCCCGUUUGGCCAAUGAUCAUGUUACCAAAAUAUUUGGCCACCGUGCUUCUUUCCGGUGACUACUUUCUUAUAUCUAUCACCAUGCAUCUUUCACAUGACUACUUUCUAAUAUCUGAUUUGCGUAGCACCAUGCAUCUUUUCGAACUACUUUUUUAUAUCUGAGUUGCAUAACACCGUGCGUGUUUCCGUUGACUCAGAUCUAAUUUGCGUAGUACCGUGCAUCUUUUCGGUGACUCCUUAAGUUUGAUUUAUACAGGGGUCGUGUCAUUAUUUCGACCCUACCCAUAUAAUUUCUUUUUUCAGUAAGGUCGUGUCAGAUUUUGACCCUAUCCAUAUAAUUUCUCUUUUUCAAGAGGGUCGUGCUGCCGUUUCGACCCUACCUAUAUUAUUUUUCUUUUUUAGUAGGGCCGUUAUUCCGACCCUACCCAUAUAAUUUCUAUUUUCCAGUAGGGUCGUGCUGUCAUUCCGACCCUACCCAUAUAAUUUCUCUUUUUCAGUAAGGUCGUGCCGUCAUUCCAACUCUACCCAUAUAAUUUUUCUUUUUCAGUAGGGUCGUGCCAUCAUUUUAACCCUACCCAUAUAAUUUUUGUUUUGCCGUCGUUCUGACCCUUUUCAUUAAUUUUGUUUUGGAUUUAGAUCAUUGGCACCCUAAUCCGAUGACCUUCGUCAGUUUUCUAGUGAGAUCUGUUAGAUCGUUCUCUAUCUUUUUGGUGAUUCAGUACAAUUUCUACAGACUUUCAUCGCUUAUUUUUGUUUUAGUCCUACGGUUAUGUCCGAACCUUUAAUGAUGAGAUCAGGAAAUCAAACAUCACUUUGUCAUGAGAUGGGCAAAGAGUCUUAUCAUUGACUACCCAAGUUCAUCAUAAAAGGACUAAGCACAUCGAAAUUGAUUGUCACUUUCUUAGAGAAAAAAUACUUUUAGGAGAUAUUGUUAUAAAAUUUGUGAAAUCGAGUGAUCAACGUGCAAAUAUCUUCAGCAAAUCUCUCACCAGUCAUCAUUGUUAGUUUUAAAUAGACAAAUCGCACAUAACACUAUGCAAACGAUAUCUAGAUUGCUACAGAAAAGAAGCAGGAGAAUGAAGAAUCACUGAGAGAGAGAAACUUGUGCAGAGAGUUUAAACUUGUGCAGAGAGUUUUACUUUCUAUCAAAGAGAAGUUACAUAAAGUGUUCUUUUUAAAAAACUGAAAUAGAUAAUGGUCCUACUUUAAAGUCAUGGUGCUAACCAUACUAACUACCUCCUAAUAACUUAAAAAAGAAAUACAGGAAAUAAAAUAAAUAAAUACUGCAAUCCUAAAGCAACUAAUAAUACUCCUCGCAUUAGGAGCUGCAAAUUCCAAGUUGCUGCCUUAGGAGCUUAAACUUGCUGACAAGAAGGAAUUUCGUAAAUGCAUCUGCAAGCUGAUCUUCAGAUUUGCAAUAAACAAGAAUCACUUCUCCUUUUUUUUGCACAUCCCUCAAGAAAAUAAGUUUAAUGUUGAAGUGCUUAGUCUUCUUGUGAAACACUGAAUUAUGUGAAAUAGCUAUUGCAGCUUGAUUAUCAACAUGAAUCUCAGUAUUAACCUUUUGUUCCAUAUGCAAAUCAGAAAAUAUUUUUCUCAUCCAUAAGGUUUGAUUUGUUGCUGCUGUUGCUGCAAUGAAUUCAUCCUCUGCCGUGGACUAUGCCACAGUUUCCUGCUUUUUGGAACACCAAGAUAAAAUGCCUAUCCUGAUGUACUUUUCAUAUUAUCAGUGUAUCCGGCCAAAUCAC